AUGUCGAACUUCAACCUCACCAAACUCCGCGACUACAUCCCCUCCAACCUCCCACGCAUGCCGACCUGGAACACCGCCAACUCCGAACGCGAAGUCUCCGGCGCUGAUGAAGACGACGACGAUCCCGCCGCUUCCGCUGCACAAGAAGACGACGAUUCACCCAUAACAAUGGCAGACCCACAGCCCAUUGCACCCGGGCCCAAAUCAAAUCUGGACCUCAUAAACGAAUGCGACAACUUCCCUUACUAUCAUACGAACCCGAAGCUCUACCUCGCACAUGUCAAUACUUACUAUGGGCUGUUCGUUGCUGCAUACCCAGAGACGGAACUAGGCUACAUCCUGCCUUCGGUUGCUGAGGUGUUCCGGGGUCUGGCGGGGUGGAAGCUAGACGAUGAGGCGCGGAGUCUGACGUUGACUGCGGGCAGCAAUGAAGCUGAGCGGAGUCAGGCGAUUGAGGCGACUACUAAAGCUAUGCGUGAGACGGAUCACUUUGCUGUGUUGAAGGGGUGGCGAGAUGAGCUAUAUCCGGUGUAUGGCCCGAAUGGAGAGCUGCUAUUCAGCAUUGAGAGGGCGGCGAGCGCGCUGUUUGGGAUCGUGACUUACGGGGUGCACAUGAGCGCGUACACGUAUGGGAAGCGGGAAGGCGCGGAAGGAGAGAAGAAGGAAAUGCGGAUAUGGGUACCCCGACGAGCCGCGACCAAGCAGACAUAUGGUGGAAUGCUGGACAACACUGUUGCUGGUGGAAUCGCGACGGGAGAGUCGGCAUUUGAGUCGUUGGUACGGGAGGCGCAAGAGGAGGCCAGUUUGCCAGAAGACGUCGUACGAAGGGACGCCAAAGCCGUGGGGACAGUGACAUACUUCCACAUUCGCGAUCAGCGGGCUGGCGGUGAGACGAGGCUGCUGCAACCGGAGUGCCAGUAUGUGUACGAUCUGGAGUUGGCGGAGGAUGUGGUACCCAAGCCGAGUGAUGACGAAGUUGCUGGCUUCGAACUGAAGAACGUGGAGGAGGUCAAGCAGGCGCUGAAGGAUGGAGAGUUCAAGCCUAACUGCGCGAUGGUGCUGCUCGACUUCUUUGUGCGGCACGGAAUCCUGACGCCAGACGAGCCGGGCUACAUUGAGAUGGUCUCGCGGCUCCACCGGCGGCUUGAAUUCCCUACGCUGUAG